AUGGACUCGAGAAAGACGAGUUCGCGGCUGCCGUCCCUCCGAGCCGUGGAGGAGGUGCUGCCGAUGUACGCGCCGCGAAUGCAGCUGGGGGCGGGCUCAUUCGGACGGGUGUUUCUGAUGGAGCACCGGCAGACGGGCGGAAAGGUAGCCGUUAAGACGCUGAAGAAGGAACGGAUAGUGGAGCUGGGGAUGCAGGAUAAGGUUCGGCGGGAGAUCAGCAUUCUGCUCCGCGUGCGUCAUCCCAACGUCAUCCGUCUCUACAACGUCGUCGAGACGCCCAAGUACAUCCUCCUGCUAAUGGAAUACGCCGAAAACGGUGAGCUAUUCGACUACAUCACGCAGCGCGGGCGCUUAACGGAGGGCGAGGCGCGGCGAAUCUUCCAGCAGAUCGUGGCGGGAGUGGAGUACUGCCACCGCCGCAUGGUGGUCCAUCGCGACCUCAAACCCGAGAAUAUCCUGCUCGACGCGUCGUGGACCGUCAAGAUCGCCGACUUCGGCCUCGGGAACCUCAUGACCGAAGGACAUUUUCUGCGGACGAGUUGUGGCUCGCCAAAUUACGCUGCGCCUGAGGUCAUCAGCGGCCGCUUCUACUGCGGCCCGGAGGUGGACGUGUGGGGGUGCGGCGUCGUGCUCUACACGCUCCUCUGCGGCCGCCUCCCCUUCGACGAGAAGUCCCACGUGGCGCUCUACCAGAAGAUUAAAGCCGGCGCCUAUUCCCGCCCCACGCACGUCACCCCCGCCGUGCAAGAUCUCCUAGCGCGUCUCCUAGUCGUCGAUCCUACCAUGCGCGCCACGAUCCCCGAGAUCCGACGGCAUCCGUGGUUCCUGCCGUGGUUCCUGCCGUCCGAUCUGAUCCGCCUGCAGGAGGACACGGCCGCCGGCCGGCCGGCGGCGCCGCUACAGCUGAACGCGACGGCGAUUUCGAACCUCCAGGCGGUGAGGGUGACGGGGGAGGGACGCGCGGUGCUGGCGGGGAAUUGGGUGCAAGAGGCCUUUGCGGCUAGGUUCGCUGAGCAGGCCAUUCCCGCCGCCACUUCGUUUGAAGCACUUGCUGCAGCGCAAAAGAAGCUGGCUCAGGGGGCCCUAGGGAGUAGUCGAAGCAGCAGCAACGGUAGCUCUGGUGGGGGUGUUGCUGCUAUGGGGACUGGUGGGAUGCACGAUGGGAGUCGGAAUCACACUCCGGAUGGUGCGUUAACUCUCGCUGUCCGCGGCAUGGACGAUAGAGAGUGCUCCAGUAUGGGUGGCACGGGCAUGGGGGAAGGGCCAGGAGGUGGGGGAGGAGUGGGAGGGAUGGGAGGAGGCAGGGAAGGGGUGAGGGAGAUGGGAGGGGGGCUGACAGUAGGAGCAGGAGACGGGGCAGGGACAGGUGCAGGGGCGGUUCUGACAAGUAUAGGGCCGGGGAGUGGGGCGGGGCAAGGGGCGGGGAUGAACUCUACGAGUCUCACCAGCCUCACACUUGAAAGCAUAGGGGCCUCUGCAGCUGUGGCUGCAGCGGCGGCAGCUGCUGCGGCAGCAGCAGGGGAUGGGCUGCGGUUUGAAGUGGUGCUGAUGCAGGAUGGGAAGGGGGAGAGUUUGUUGGACCUGUGCCUGCUGUCGGGGUCUAGUGCGGCGUUUGCGGAUUUCUGCUCUAUCUUCUGGCACAACCUGUCGCAGCUGUGA